CAGAUGGUAGAGAGACGUCGAGAAAACUAAAGGCUGCAGGUUCGGUUCGGCGCGGGCACGUCACGUAAAAAGUAUCGUACGACGUGAACCGAGUGGGGAAGGAAAAAUUAACGUUUUGUCGAAAGCCCGAAAGAGCCCUCUCUUAUUCGGAGCAGUUUUCUAACGCUGUUGUUGUUUUCGGUGUGUGCUCUUUCGAUGUGCUUGGGGAGGGAAUAGUAAUAGUUAGGACAAUAAAAAAAAGAGGUGAUCGUAUCGAGGAUUCUUUUUCGCGACGCUACGAGCUUCGAUUGGCACGUUAUAACGUUGUCUCAGUGGAAAAAACUACGAGGAGGACGUGUGUACGAAGAGAAGGAUGGCGACCUGACCCCACAAAGAAUGGAACACUGUGCUCAACGAGUAUCAAUUUGAGAUCAGACUCUGCGGUGCUAAGAGCUAAGAGAAUUAAAAUGGCGGACGUUGACCCGGAAACAUUGUUAGAAUGGCUGAGUAUGGGACAAGGAGACGAACGCGAUAUGCAGCUUAUCGCGCUAGAACAACUUUGCAUGCUGCUUCUUAUGUCGGACAACGUAGAUCGAUGCUUCGAAAUAUGUCCACCUCGUACAUUUCUGCCGGCAUUGUGUCGAAUUUUCUUGGAUGAGCAUGCACCAGAUAGCGUUUUGGAAGUCACAGCCCGAGCGAUUACUUAUUACCUCGAUGUUUCGGCCGAAUGUACGAGACGAGUCGUCGCAAUGGAUGGAGCUGUAAAAGCGAUUUGCGGUCGUCUUUCUGGAGCUGGACUUGGUUCGAGAGCUAGCAGAGACCUCGCAGAACAGUGUAUUAAGGUUUUGGAGCUGGUCUGCGCGAGAGAAGCCGGCGCUGUAUUCGAGGCCGGUGGCUUACCGUGCGCUCUUUGUUUUAUUCGAGAACACGGGGCGAGGGUUCAUCGUGAUACAUUGCACUCAGCAAUGGCUGUCGUAUCACGUCUGUGCGGAAAGGUUGAGCCUCAGGACAAAGCUUUGCCCGAUUGCGUUGAGGCAUUGUCGACGUUAUUAAGACACGAGGACGCUCACGUUGCCGAUGGAGCACUUCGCUGUUUCGCAUCGUUGGCAGAUAGAUUUUCACGUCGUGGCACAGAUCCUGCUCCUCUCGCUUUCAAUGGAUUGGUCGCUGAACUCUUAUACAGGUUAUCAAACGCCGCUGGACCAGGAACGGCGGUAUCGACUUCCUCGGGGAAUCCGAAAACCCCGCCGCCUUCGAGUGCUUCGUCAACGAUGCCGGUACCCGAGCCAAAAUCAUGCGCCUCAGUAUCAACGAUAAUAAGUUUAUUGUCAACUCUCUGCCGGGGAUCACCAUCGAUAACGCAUAAUCUUCUUCGAUCCGAAUUACCGGAUGCGAUAGAGAAAGCACUUAAGGGUGACGAGAGAUGCGCUCUCGAUUCGAUGAGACUGGUGGAUCUGCUUUUGGUUCUCUUGUUCGAAGGUAGAUCGGCGUUAGGCCGUGGCACAGGAGGGGGAGGAGCCGCGGGACCGUUGUUACCAAGAUUAAGGCGCCUCGAUAGCGCCGGUGAAAAAUCGCACAGACAAUUGAUCGAUUGUAUACGAUCGAAGGACACAGAUGCUUUGAUCGAAGCGAUCGAUUCUGGUGGAAUAGAAGUGAAUUUCAUGGACGACGUAGGUCAGACCUUGUUGAAUUGGGCAUCUGCUUUUGGCACUCAAGAGAUGGUAGAAUUUUUGUGCGACCGUGGCGCCGACGUCAACAAGGGUCAACGUUCAUCGAGUUUACAUUACGCCGCUUGUUUCGGGCGUCCAGCGAUCGCUAAAGUUUUAUUGAGACACGGUGCUAAUCCUGAUUUGCGUGACGAAGACGGUAAAACACCUCUCGACAAAGCUCGCGAACGCGUUGACGAAGGGCAUCGCGAAGUUGCCGCCAUUUUACAAUCACCCGGCGAAUGGAUGUUGCCUCCCAACCAAGAACACAGAAAACCUGAUACCGAAGUCGAAGAUUUCACCGAACCGAAAGGUGACCCCGAAAUGGCGCCGGUUUAUCUACGAAGAUUGCUUCCUGUUUUCUGCACCACUUUCCAAUCUACCAUGUUAUCCAGCGUGAGAAAAGCAAGCUUAAGCUUGAUACGGAAAAUGGUACAUUACAUACAACCUGAACUACUCGUUGAGACUUGUGGGUCCGACAAAACUUCCGGAUGCGGAGCUAUGCUCGUCGAAGUAAUUGCCAACGUACUCGACAACGAGGAGGACGAGGACGGCCAUUUGAUCGUUCUACAGAUGAUACAGGAUCUGAUGGUGAAGGGAAAGGACGAGUUUUUGGAGCAUUUCGCACGUUUGGGAGUUUUUUCGAAAGUGGCAGCUCUUGCUGGACCUCAAGAAACUGUUCCAGAACCAGAAAACGAACCGACUCAAACAGGCGAGGAACAUCGCAUGGAAGACGCUCGGGAAUUGUUGGUCGGAAGAGCGUAUCAUUGGCGCGAUUGGUGCAUUUGUCGUGGACGCGAUUGUUUGUACGUUUGGUCGGACGCUGCAGCGCUAGAAUUGUCCAAUGGAAGUAACGGAUGGUUCAGAUUCAUUCUCGAUGGUAAAUUGGCGACAAUGUACUCAAGCGGUAGCCCUGAAGGCGGAAGCGAUUCGACAGGAAAGGGGAGGAACACAGAAUCGCUCACUACCGAAGAAAACAGAGGCGAGUUUUUGGAAAAAUUGCAACGAGCGCGUGGCCAAGUGAAACCCAAUUCGGUGAGUCAACCCGUACUUUCCCGACCAGGCACGACUAGACUCGUUGUAGGAAAUUGGGCGCUUUCGAGUCGAAAGGAGAGCGAAUUAUGCAUUCACAACAGCGACGGUCAGCAACAAGCGACCAUACUCAGGGAAGACUUGCCUGGAUUUAUCUUCGAAUCAAAUCGCGGAACGAAACACUCUUUCACGGCGGAAACGAGCUUGGGUCCCGAUUUUGCAGCAGGGUGGGCAGGAAAGCGCGGCAAACGAUUGAGAUCAAAGAUUGAGGCUAUAAAGCAAAAAGUAAAGGCACAAGCUCAAGAGAUAUAUGAAAGUUAUUUCAAAGCGGCCCAGGCACAACCGCGCGGUGUUGUCGCAAAAUUAAGCGCCAUAGUGAAUCAAGUUGAAAAAGCGUGUCAAAAGCAACAAUCGGGCAAUCGAGAAUGGCGAUCAGUGUUACAGAGUGCUUUGGAGGAAUUAAAAGCCUUGUUGAACGAGGAAGGACGAGUGUCCGCGUACGAGUUGCACUCGAGCGGUCUCGUUCAAGCAUUGCUCGCACUUUUGGCUGGUCCGCCAAAUUCACAGCCACCUUCGCUUCGCGCUACUAAAUUAAGAAUGCAGAGAAUAGCGGUUUUCAAAAAUUGCUUCAAAUCCAAGGACACGGCUAAUCACGGUAGCUCUGCCAAAAUAUUGGUACAAAAGCUCGUUUCCGUGCUGGAAUCAAUAGAAAAAUUGCCUGUUUACCUUUACGAUACACCUGGUUCGGGAUACGGACUACAGAUUCUCACAAGAAGAUUGCGUUUCCGUUUAGAGAAAGCUCCUGGGGAGAGUGCUUUGAUCGACAGAUCCGGAAGAAGUUUAAAAAUUGAGCCUCUGAGUACAAUUCAACAGCUGGAAAAUCACUUGCUGAAAAUGAUCGCAAAACAGUGGCACGAUCACGAUAGAUCCACGUUCACCUUCGUCAAAAAAUUGAAGGAGGGUAACAAAACGACUUUCCAAUAUCAACAUGAUUUUGAUGAAAAUGGUGUUAUUUAUUGGAUCGGAACGAAUGCAAAAACUUCUGCGGAGUGGGUUAACCCAGGGCAGUACGGUCUGGUAGUCGUAACUUCAAGUGAUGGUCGUAGUUUGCCGUACGGUCAUCUCGAAGAUAUUUUGAGUCGCGAUCCGUCUGCACUUAAUUGUCAUACGAAUGACGACAAAAGAGCUUGGUUUUCGAUCGAUUUGGGAGUUUGGCUCAUCCCAAGCGCUUAUUCACUGAGACACGCGAGAGGAUAUGGUCGAAGUGCACUGAGGAAUUGGUUGUUUCAGGCUUCAAAAGAUGGAAUAAAUUGGACAACGUUGAACACGCAUGUUGAUGAUUGUUCAUUGAACGAGCCCGGAAGUACAGCGACGUGGACGCUCGAACCACCCGGUGACGAGACACAGGGCUGGCGACAUUUGCGCUUACAACAAACAGGAAAGAAUGCCUCGGGUCAAACGCAUUAUUUGUCAGUCUCGGGUUUCGAGGUUUACGGAGAAGUGACUGGGGUUUGCGAGGAUCUUGGACGUGCGGCCCGCGAAGCCGAAGCUGGUGUUCGACGUCAACGAAGAUUGAUCAGAACUCAAGUUCUCAGACAUUUAGUUGCUGGGGCUCGAGUUGCGAGAGGUCUCGAUUGGAAAUGGAAAGAUCAAGAUGGUGUACCGCCAGGCGAAGGCUCCGUAACCGGAGAUCUUCACAACGGAUGGAUUGAUGUAACAUGGGAUCAUGGCGGCUCAAACUCUUAUCGCAUGGGGGCUGAAGGAAAAUACGAUUUGAGGCUCGUAGGCACGGGUAUUGAUUCUGAGAGCUCGUCUAAAAACAAGAACGGUUCUGGUGUACUUACAGGAAGAAAGUCCAGCAGUACUCCAAGUUUGCCUGAUUGUACGGAUGUUGGAAUGCGGGGAUCCGUUGCUUCGACAGAUCAAGCAGCCAGCGCUGACAAUCUUGCAGCCAAGCAGGCAGCGGAAUCGAUAGCCGAGAGCGUGUUGUCAGUGGCACGUGCCGAAGCCGUUGUUGCGGUAACCGGUGAAGGUGGUGCGUCCAGUACCGGUGAAUUAUCGGUCGUUUUACAUCCUCGACCGGAAACUACGGUAACCAGCGAUCUCGCUACGAUCGUCGAGAGUCUCGCUCUGAAUACAGAUUGUUCGGCGAACAGCAAUAGCAACCGAGCUUCGAGCAGUUCAAAGCCAUUUUUCACCACAGCGCGAGGAAACAAGUCUGCCAGCGGCUUGUUGAGUCUCGAGGCCGCCGAGGUCAUUGAUCGUUUACGCGAGGGUGCCGACAGAUUACGUAAUAAUACUAACAGUUUCUUAAGCGGUGAAUUACUCGGUUUGGUACCUGUUAGAAUCAGCGUUUCUGGCGAGAGCGAAGAAAGCUCUUUGAGAAUACGACCGGUACCGAGACAUCACCCAACAACGACCGAUGCGACUAAAGAAUGCGGACGGGACAAAGAGGCCAGUUCAUCCUCUCAAAAUCCAAGCGGAGGAUGUCCCGUUGUCGUAACAAAUCCCAUGUCAGUGUCCGUGCCCAACCUUGCUUGUUCCGACGCUAAUCAGACCUCGGAACCGGCAACCGCAACGGGUUUGCUGGAAACUUUUGCUGCAAUGGCUCGAAGACGCACUUUAGGACCGUCCGGUGGUCAGCACAUUGCACCAAAUUCGAAUUCAGGCUCGAAUUCGAGGGGACCAAAUUCUGUCUCCAGCCUUGUCAGGUUAGCACUUAGUUCCAACUUUCCUGGUGGCUUGCUAAGUACCGCUCAGAGCUACCCUAGUUUGACGAGUAGCGGCCAAGUCGCUGGAAGCGGUGUAACAACCACUACCGGAGCCGGACUGGGACAAGCGUUAACAAUGUCACUAACGAGCACUAGUAGUGACAGCGAACAGUUGUGGCUGCAGAUUAGUCUCGAAGACUUUUUGGAGUCUUGCGGGGGAGUGGCUGGCUCCUCAGUCGGUGGAGUUCGUGCAGCUGGUGGGCCUACACUUCUUGGUGAACUUGAAGAUGACGAAGAUGGUGUAUUGGCGGAGGAAGAUGACGAUAACGAUGAAAACGAUCAAGAAGAAGAGGAUGAGGAGAAUGAGGAAGAAGGCGAAGGUGGUGAGGGCGAGUAUGAAGAAGUCAUGGUUAGUCAAAAUCUUCUCACAACUUUCAUGGACGAAGAAGCACCACAGAGUAGCAAAAGACGAGCAUGGGACGAUGAGUUUGUAUUGAAGCGUCAAUUCUCAGCACUCAUACCAGCCUUUGAUCCACGUCCAGGUCGAACGAACAUCAAUCAAACCACGGAUCUUGAAGUUCCGCCACCAGGUAGCGAAACGCAAUCUAGUACCCGAGUUGGUGCGACAUCAAUGCCAAGACUCUCACUCUCGCUAAAAGGACCAGGACUGCCGGAAGUGCCGGACGUUGAAUUACCACUUUCCGAUCCACAUUCGAGUAUUUUCCAAGCCGUACAGGAGCUUAUGCAAAUGACGGAGCUCGGUAGCAGACAGGAAAAACUAAGAAGAAUAUGGGAACCUACAUAUACAAUAAUUUACAAAGAGGCCAAAGAUGAGGAAUCUUCGGGUCGUGCAACCCCGAUCGUCACGCUGUACUCGAGGAAUUCAGCGCCAAACACAAACGUCUGUACGGUUGAGGAUGUAUUGCAAUUAUUGCGACAUGUAUUUGUAUUGAGCACAUCGCGUGAUGAUCGAAACGACAGUUUCAACGAAGAUGAGGAGAGCGAAGCGUGUUGGGUCAAUCCGGACGAUUUUACGUCGAAAAAAAUAACGAACAAAGUCGUACAACAGAUUCAGGAUCCGUUAGCAUUGGCGGCCGGUGCAUUGCCUACAUGGUGCGAAGAACUUGCCCGAAGUUGUCCUUUCCUAUUGCCCUUCGAGACUCGACGAUUAUACUUCAGUUGCACCGCUUUUGGAGCUUCCCGCUCCAUCGUUUGGCUGCAGACGCAGCGUGAUGCCGUACUAGAGAGACAGAGAGCACCGGGUCUUAGUCCUAGACGCGAUGACAGUCACGAAUUCCGCGUUGGCAGACUGAAACAUGAGAGAGUCAGUGUUCCGAGGGGAGAUAAAUUGUUGGAUUGGGCGGAACAAGUAUUGAAGGUACACGCGAGUCGAAAAAGUAUACUGGAGGUUGAGUUUGUUGGUGAAGAAGGCACCGGUCUCGGGCCGACCCUUGAAUUUUUCGCACUCGUAGCAGCGGAGCUACAGCGAAAAGAUUUGGGUCUAUGGCUGUGCGACGACGAAGAUCCGACCGAUCAUACACACUCUUGUCCAUCGGACGAGCAAGUACGUCCACCGGGUUACUACGUGAACCGUCCUUCGGGUUUAUUCCCGGCACCAUUACCCCAGGAGUCGGCAGCUUGCGCUCGCGCUGUCAAAUACUUUUGGUUCUUGGGCGUUUUUCUUGCCAAAGUUUUGCAAGAUAAUAGACUUGUUGAUUUGCCGCUGUCACGACCUUUCCUCAAGCUCAUGUGCAGAGGUGAUAUCACGAACAAUGUGAAUGAACGUAUCGGCUUAACGGGCGUGACUCAAGAGAGUAUAUCAUCGAGUAUGGCUAGUAGUUUUAUUUCCGAAGAGGGUGAAACCGAAGGAACUUAUUCUUCUCUAGAACCAAGUCCGUGGUACGAGGGUAUAUUGGAUCUGGAUGAUCUUGUUCAAGUUGACAACGUAAGGGGCGAAUUCCUUCGUGAAAUACAAGCUCUUACAAAUCGACGUGACAGAACUCUCUCCGAUGGUUGUAACAUCGAUCAAGAGGACAGCAAUCUUCUUCUCAUAAACCAUCCGUCCGGUGCCCAAGUUACGAUCGAAGAUUUGGCUCUAACGAUGACCUAUUCACCAGGCUCAAAGAUUUUCGAUCACGAGCACAUUGAGCUUCUUGAAGACGGUGCUGAUAUUCCCGUCACGAUCGAAAAUGCCCGAGAAUAUGCCGAAUCAACUAUUAGUUAUUGCCUCGAUCGCGGUAUAGCCAAACAGAUGGAAGCUUUUCGUGCAGGUUUCUCCAAAGUUUUCCCUAUGGAAAAACUACAUGCGUUCAGUCCCGAAGAGAUUAGGGCUAUGCUCUGCGGCGAACAAAACCCACAGUGGACCAGAGAGGAUUUGCUCAAUUAUACCGAGCCGAAACUCGGUUAUACGAGAGAGAGUCCCGGAUUCCAGAGAUUCGUCAACGUUCUCGUAUCACUCACGGGACCCGAGCGUAAGGCUUUUCUACAAUUUGCCACUGGUUGUUCGGCCCUGCCACCCGGUGGCUUAUGUAAUUUGCAUCCAAGACUGACGGUUGUGCGUAAAGUCGAUGCGGGCUCAGGUGGUUAUCCGUCUGUGAAUACAUGCGUUCAUUAUUUGAAGCUACCAGAGUAUCCUACCGAAGAUAUUUUAAAAGAGAGACUCUUGGCUGCGACGCGAGAAAGAGGUUUUCAUCUGAACUAAGGUCUCCUUUGAUCGUAGACAGAAGAGAAAUCGAAAAAUAGAAAAGUUCAUUUACGGUAACCGUUGAAAGGGAAAAAGAGGAGGAACGGAAAAUACAUGAAUAAUAAUAAUAAUUCAAGCACGUCGAUAUAAAUCCCGCAACGAAAUCAUGGUUAACGGGAAUGAAAGAAUCGUUGCUUGACGAAGAGGAGCGAACGAUAUUAAUCCACGUAAGAAGUUUAGUACACGGCCUUCAGUGCUCUAAUUUUUAAGAAUUCGAGGAUCUGCGAAGGAAUUUACUCUGACAUGACUCACAGUGGUAACCGGGCACUAGACGACCAAACUCCUACGAAUCCGUAUGUUUUAUUAGGAGAAAUCAAUUAACAUUGAAGCAAUCGAGAGAGUACAAGGGCUAAAAAACAACAAUGUUCUGGUUUAGCUUGAAGCUGAGAAAAUCCCUGUUUUACGAGUUCCGGGAACUUUAGAAUUUAGAGACUCGCGAUAUGCAUACUACUACAUGCAAAGACAAGGAUGAAGGGCAAAAAAAUUAAACGCUAUUCAUGUACGGCGAAAUACAAUUUCGCGUGUCUUUCCUAAAUUUAUUCAGGAGAGAUAAUCGUAAGUUCAGCUUCAAUCCUUCGUAGGUGCUUGACAUGAAUUUCACAGGCUCUCUCGUCACUCUCUUUCUCUUCCUCUCUUUCCAAUUCUAUUUUUUUCUCUACCUAUAAGAUCUCUCUGCCACUUUGUUUCUGCGACCAGACUUUUCUUUACUCACGAUGCACAUUUAUUUUCCUGCUACGGCGUUGCUGGUACUUUGUAAAACUAUUUGUCUUUUGUUUUGUUUUGUUUUUUUUUUUCAUCGCUCCAGAAGUCAAUCGUAUGAUGUUCUAUAUGUCAUCUAUUUUUUUUUCAAUCUCCGGUCAGAUGUUCAAGGAUUGAUGAAGGAACAAACACGGUGGAUGGUCUAUUAAAAGAAAAGAAUAAUUUUUCGCAUGAUGAUGGCAUUUGCGAGCGGAAAUCAUUCGCGAUACUUAACGAAAUAAUUCAGAAUGUAUAUUCGAUAAUCGUCGUGAAAUAAUCAUUGUGAAUAUUGUUUGAAUUAUAAUAACGAUUAAUAAUUGUUGAAACGAAAACUGAAAUAUUUUAUUUGUCUUUUCAUAAUUACUUCGUCGUAUCUUCGUGAGACAUUCAAGUACUGCUCAUUCCAGUUGGAAACUUUUUGUCUACGUUACAACAGUCAAUCUUUGUGGCAGAGAUUAAACGAAAAAAAAUGAAUAUAAAUGUCGCAUUACUUUCGAGAUUCGGUAUGUCAAAGAUCCACGCGUUUUCUCUCUAAUCCAAAAGUCAAUAGAAAUUCGAGGAUCUCCCCUCGUUCAACGAUUGACUUUUUAUAAAUAAAGGAAAAAAUCUGAGUACCGGCUGCUUAGAAAUUGUUCAUCGCGAUGUAUAACGAGCGACUGAGAAACGGAGAUCGAUGAAUAAUUAUAUUUUUAACGACAGGGAUACCUCCAUCGUAAUGAUGUUAUUUCAUCAUAAAAAGUAGACGCGACGAGUGAUUUAAAUUUUCAAGAAUUAUGAUCAAUUAAACAGUUGGGCGUCCACCGUAAAACGCCAUAAAAUUUGUAUUCUUCGUAAACAAUGAUGAAAAAUGCUUCUAUGACCAAUCACCCGUCGUACUUUUGACAUAGCAAAAACUGAUUAAGAUUAAAAAUUACCGUUCGUUCGAGUGUCCUUACGCACUUGCGGUUCAGUAGUGGAAGGAAGAAAUGUGUGUAAUCGGGUUUGGCAAAGAAUCGAAACCAAAACAUGAUUUUAUUUUGCUCUAACGGAGAAAAGAAGAGAGAACAAAAAUAAUAAAGAAAAAUUGGUGAGUCCGGCACUAUGCAUAUUUGUACGAUACGCUACUUAAUGCUCACAAGAUAAUUAUAAUUAUAGAAACAUGGAAAAAAAAAAGUAUACCUGUAAUAGUGUUUAGACGAGAGAUAUAAAAGAUAAUAUAAAUGUGAGAAAAGAUUAAUGAUAUCGAAAAAAGGAAAAAAAUAACGAAGAAUAGUUACUAUUACUGUAUUAUAAAUUAUUAUUGAUUCUUGGGGAGAAGAAUAAAAAGAUUGAAAAAAAUGUA